AUGACAUCGGAAGAAGUCGAGACCAUAUCCGUCAAAGCACGCAUACCUUUAUUUUGGCACGACCAACCGUCACUAUGGUUUGGGCAAUUUGAAACUGUCGUCAACCCGCAGAAGCCCAGCGAAGAAGCCAAAUUUAGCCUAAUGGUGGCCCAUCUCGAAAAAAUGGACGUUGAACAAAUCAUUGACAUUAAUAUGUCGAAAGACCGUACCGGAAGAUAUGAGGAAGCGAAGAAACGGCUACUUUCCGUGUACGAGGAAUCUGGAGCGCGACAGCUGCACAAACUCCUCAACGAUAUGGAACUCGGCGACCAGAAGCCAUCACAACUGCUCAACCGCAUGCGAGAACCUGCGCGCGAGAAAGUACCCGACGCAACACUUCAAAUGUUAUGGCUACAGCGAUUAUCGAUCUCAACACGAGCAGUCCUAGCAGUAAGCGAACAGAAAUCACUCGACGUUCUAGCAGCAAUGACCGAUAAAAUGCACAAACAAGCCACAGAAACACAAACCGUGUGUUCCGGUACCUGUAAGGGUCAUUCAAAAUCAUCACCGCUAUGUGCACGCGAACAGAAAAUGCACGGAGAACUGGAUCUACGAGACGCCGUAAUGCAACUAACGAAGGAGAUAGCCGAGUUAAAAGUACAGCGCACAAUGCGAGCGACGCAUAGAUAUCGUCGUUCCGCUCAUUCACGAUCCCGAUCACGUUCAACCGGCCGAAAUAAUAACUACAACCGCACGACGAGGGAUGUUUGUUAUUUCCACAAGCGCUUCGGCGAGAAUGCACGCAACUGCCGAUCUCCAUGCAAUUACGGCAAGCGACGGGAAAACUAA